CGUCCCAUUCGUCUGGGGGAUAUAUAAAGAACCAGGAACUGCAGGUUUGGCAGUUCAACAUGAGGACCUUCGUCUUCCUGACGCUUCUGGCCUUCGGGCUUUGCUGGAACACCGUCCAGGGGGGUGAUACAGCUAAGAAACAGCAAGACAUAAACCGUCUCCUAUGGAAGAUCUACGACAAAUUACAGUUCCCUGAACUGAAAACUGUGGCCGUUUCCUUUGACCCAGAAGCUGACCUCGGCAGUUACAAAGAUGGCGGUCAUGCUGUCUAUCGACUGGUUCAGGAAUAUAAUGAUGGAAGGCUCUUGCAGCAAAAGACUUGGUUCUCUCUCUUCAACGAACGGCACAGAGAGGAAGCUCUUCUCUUGUUCGAUGUCCUGAUGCAGAGCAAGACGUGGAACAGUCUCAUUCAAAAUGCAGCCUAUUGGCGUGAGCGCAUGAACGAGGGCCAGUUUGUCUAUGCACUGUACACUGCCAUCAUCCACUCUGAUUUAGGACAUGGGGUUAUUCUGCCCCCACUCUAUGAAAUUACGCCUCACUUGUUCACUAACAGUGAGGUCAUCCAGAAGGCUUACACUGCUAAGAUGAGGAACACCCCAGGCAAGUUUGAAAUGAAAUUCACAGGCACAAAGAAAAACAAAGAGCAGCGCAUUGCUUACUUUGGAGAGGAUAUUGGAAUGAACCUGCAUCACGUGACUUGGCAUAUGGACUAUCCCUUCUGGUGGGAAGACAAGUAUGGACAUAACUUGGACCGUAAGGGUGAACUCUUCUUUUGGGCUCAUCACCAGCUCACCGUCCGCUUUGACGCAGAACGUCUUUCCAACUGGCUCGAUGUUGUCGAUGAACUUCACUGGGAAAAGCCAAUUGUUGAAGGCUUUUCACCUGAAGCCACAUAUAAGUAUGGAGGAGAAUUUCCAUCUCGCCCCGACAACAUAGUUUUCCAAGAUGUCGAAGGUGUGGCCAGGGUUCGAGACAUGAUCAUCACAGAAAGUCGAAUUCGGGAUGCCAUUGCCCAUGGAUACAUACUGGCCAAAGAUGGCACCAAAAUUGACAUCAUGAAUGACAGUGGAAUUGAAAAACUGGGAGAUAUCAUCGAGUCCUCAGUGUACAGUCCCAACGUCCAGUAUUAUGGCCAGCUGCAUAAUCUCGCUCACAUUAUGCUCAGUCGCCAAAGCGACCCUCAAGGCAAGUACAAUAUGCCUCCUGGUGUGAUGGAACACUUUGAAACAGCCACACGAGACCCAAGUUUCUUCAGACUUCACAAGUAUAUGGACAAUAUCUUCAAAGAGCACAAAGACUCACUUCCUCCAUACACAUCAGAAGAGCUGGUCUUCCCUGGUGUUUCUGUAUUGGGUAUUGAUGUUGACAGAGAUCUCAAGACAUAUUUUGAGGAUUAUGAAUUUGAUCUACGAAAUGCAGUUGAUAGUGCUCAGGGCAUUCAGGAAGUCGAUCUGAAGGCUAAUGUUCGUCGACUGAAUCAUCAGGAAUUCUCUUUUGUGGCUGACGUAAACAACAACAACGGCAGAAGUGUGCUUGCUACCUUCCGCAUCUUCUUGUGUCCCCAGUACGACAACAACAAUAUAGAAUACACCCUCUCUGAUGGUCAAUGGCAGUGCAUUGAGUUGGAUAAAUUCUGGAAGAACUUAUCACCAGGAUCAAAUCACAUUACCAGAAGAUCCAGCGAAUCAUCCGUCACUAUUCCUGAUACACCAUCCUUCCAGACUCUCAUUGACGCAGCAGACGCAGGUAGAACCUUGGCUGCAUUCCAGUACAAGAGAUCAUGUGGCAUCCCCAACAGAAUGCUUCUACCCAAGGGAAAGAGAGAUGGCAUGGAAUUCGCGCUGGUCUUGGCUGUCACAGACGGAUCUUAUGACGCUGUUCAUGGCGAUGCUGCUGUCAAUGAUCAUGGUGGAAGCCACGCCCACUGUGGGUCCCAUGGCGAACUGUACCCGGAUAAGCGACCCAUGGGCUUCCCACUGGAUCGACACAUUCCUGAUAGGAGGGUAUUUGACGAAACUCCCAACUUCAAAUACAAAAUUGUAAAAGUCUACCACGAAGAGAAUUAGAUUUCUCAACAUUUUCCUAUCGGUUAUAUGGCACACAGCUGUUCCCAAUGGACUGUUUUCAAAAUAUAACAUUGUAGCUUCUUUCACUGUCUGUCACUCAAUUCUUCAAGCCUUCACAACACUGUUUUGUAAU